UAGCCGAGCUCCCGAGUUCCUGGAAAGGCAGCUGGCGCCGCGGUCGGAGCUCGGACGCGAGGCGAGUCCCGGGAGACGGGCCGUGCGGUGUUGGGAGACUCGUGGGCUGGACGGACGGCGCCCGCUGAACGGCCAAUGUUGGUUACUACUGAUGGGUGUGAGUAAGUUAGAUGUUCUAUACCGGAGACUUCUCCUUACAAAACUUUUUAUCAGAGGAUGGGGAAAGCCAGAGGACCUUAAGAGACUCUUUGAAUUCAGAAAGAUAAUUGGAAAUCGAGAAAGAUGUCAGAAUCUGGUUUCAAGUGAUUAUCCAGUACACAUCGAUAAGAUUGAAGAUCAGUCAGACUGUAAGAUCCUAGAUGGACACUUUGUUUCCCCUAUGGCCCACUAUGUGCCUGAUAUCAUGCCAGUUGAAUCUAUUAUUGCAAGGUUCCAAUUUAUUGUGCCUAAAGAAUGGAAUAGCAAAUAUAGACCCGUAUGCAUUCAUCUUGCUGGAACAGGAGAUCAUCAUUAUUGGAGACGACGAACACUGAUGGCUCGUCCUAUGAUUAAAGAAGCUGGAAUGGCUUCUUUGUUAUUAGAAAACCCUUAUUAUGGCUGCAGGAAACCCAAGGAUCAAAUAAGGUCCAGCUUAAAAAACGUGUCUGACCUAUUUGUGAUGGGAGGAGCUCUUGUUUUAGAAUCUGCAGCGCUCUUGCACUGGCUGGAGAGGGAGGGUUAUGGACCUUUGGGAAUGACCGGAAUAUCCAUGGGAGGACAUAUGGCUUCCUUAGCGGUAUCCAACUGGCCUAAGCCUAUGCCAUUGAUUCCAUGUCUGUCUUGGUCCACAGCAUCUGGUGUCUUCACUACGGGUGUGCUGAGUAAAUCAAUUAAUUGGAGGGAGUUGGAAAAGCAGUAUUAUGCACAGACAGUUUAUGAGGAAGAAAUUAUUCACAUGCUUGAAUAUUGUGGAACAGAUUCUUUCAAAAUGGGACAAGAGUUUGUGAAAUACUUCCCUAGCAGUGCAGACAAGAUCACUAACCUUAAUCUGGUUUCUAGAACUUUAAACUUAGAUAUGACUGACCAGGUUGUGUCCUCGAAACAUGAUGAGUGCCAUAAAUCUAGUAAAACAUCCUUUAGUGCCACAUCAGAAGGACUCUUGUUGAAAGAUACUUCUAAGAUGGAGUGCUUCAAUCAAACACUUUCAACCAACAAAAGUAGUUAUACAAGUUGUAAUCCUCAGUCAUACCACCUACUCAGUAAAGAACAAAGAAGAAAGAACCUUCAGAAAGAAUCUUUACUGUUUAUGAAAGGAGUCAUGGAUGAAUGUACUCAUGUAGCAAAUUUCUCAGUUCCAGUAGACCCAAGCCUCAUUAUAGUAGUUCAAGCCAAAGAAGAUGCAUAUAUUCCACGAACUGGAGUUCGAAGUUUACAAGAAAUUUGGCCUGGUUGUGAAAUCCGAUAUCUAGAAGGGGGUCAUAUUAGUGCUUAUCUUUUCAAACAAGGAAUAUUCAGACAAGCCAUCUAUGAUGCAUUUGAACGCUUUCUGCACAAAUAUGCUAACUGAUUGGAUCACUGUAUGUAACCAGUGUGGCCAUCACGCUUCUCACAAAAGAAGUUUCAUCCUUUAACAAUGUGAAAUCAGUAAGACAUCACUAUAUAUCUCAUUGCUACCUAUUUAGUCUGGAAUUCAGUGUUACAGGUCAGUCUUUGAAUGCAUUUGAAUAACUUUUAAUCAAUAUUUGGGUGAAAUGAUGUUGAAGUAUUUUGUUAUUGCUUGUGGGACUCCCAUAUAUUCAAUAUUUCUACUUAUGAAAACUUUACAUUUUUAAUUAUGAAUAGUUUAUUAAAUUAAAAUUAAUGUAUUCACAGAAACUGUAUUGGUUUAUACAGAGCUGCUGAGUCAAAAUUUGUAAUACGUAAGCUUUUAUUGCAUACCUUUAUAUGAUAUUUCUACUACUGACUUGCUUUGAGGAACAUGUUUAUUUCUUUUGUGGAUCCAUAGUACAUUUAUAAUCUUAUUUUCCUCUUUAAUUUUCUGCCAUGGAAAUACUUAUGAUGUAUGAAAUCCCUGUUAACUUUGAAUUCUAAAAUAUCCUGAUUCUUUUGUAUGUAAGUGCUUUUAAUAAUUAAAAUGAAUGUAGGAGUGCAGACAUGCUGCAAAAGACUUGACUAACCUUUAUAAAUACCUAAUAUUGGGUUAGAGGGGAAAAAGCCAAAUGUAUUUCUGCUACUUAACAACUUUCAAUUCAUGAACAAUGGAAAUAACUAUUGCAUUAAUUGAGACAUUGUGUCUUAACUUUUUCUUACAUGUGCAUCUUACUUUGGGUUUGUAAAUCGUGAUAUAUAUAACUUCACUUUUCAAGCCAAGAAUGUAAUCAUUUGACCUUUUAAUUUCAAAAAUUAAUGUCCAUAAAAAUUAAUCAACCCAUCCUAAAUAAACUUUACAGAAAAUAUAUAAAUAAUAACUUUUUUUAAUUGAAAAAUUACAUGGCUAGAUUUGGUGCUCUCUUUUUAUAAACCUCUCAAGCUGAGAGCUAAAAUACUCUCAAAAGUAGAAAAUAUUUUUGGGCAUUGUUUAUUUAUUUGAAAUCUGUAUUAUCUACAGAUUGUAUUUAAAUAUGUAUUCCUAGUCUAGUAAGGAUAUUUGAAUUAUAAUGUGCCUUUGUAGCCUUUUCAAAGGAAAUUUUGUCACUCUAAUGCCUCCAUCAUUUUAAUUUUAAAAAUCUUUUAAAAUUACUAAAGUCAUUGAUGGCAUAGUAGUAAAUAUUUCUUACUAAGCAAUAAUGUACUAUGUUGUGUGACUUUCUAUUGGUAAAAGAAUAAAAUUUUAAUAUUUCAUUUAAACCCUUGGGCAUAACUAAUUUUUCCCAAAUAAAUGAGAAGAGAGGUAUUUUAAAGAUUUCAUCUCCUAACCAGAUGUUUUAAGAAUGUAUCUCUGGGGGAGCACUGGAGAUCUUAUUUCCCAGGAUUUCAUCCAUUGGCUCAAAUAAGCAAAUUCUUAAAAAAAGAAGAAGAAAAAAACGAAUAUAUAAUAGCAGUUACCUAAACUGAUUAAUUAUUCAAAGUCAAAAUACUUUUUCUUACAGUUUUUAUCUACUCCCCCCAAAUAUAUAUAUGCAUAUAUAAGUACAUACACACCCACACACACAAAGCAGUGCUGUCUGCCAUUUUGAGCAUUG